UUCUUUUUCUUUUCUCGACGAAGGCGAGUCUCGCUUCUUUGCGGGUAGUCGUGCGAUUUAUUAUUUAACGAGAAUAAUCGAUGGCUUAUGGAUACGUGCACCAACGUCGUACAUCCCCCGCGACAGUCGUCAUUUUCGCGAUGGUGCCGUGCCGCGUGGCAGGAGUAGCCGCCGUAACCGCCGCUCAUCGUUUGCCGCCGCGAAUCGGCGGUUCGUGAAGUCAUUUUUACGCGCGAAAAAAGAAAGAAACAAGAAAUCGGUCUCGGAAAACAUGCUGGCGAGAUUUAGGAACAGCUUUCGCUGCCGCGUGCCUAAGUGUCCGACAAUUCGUUUUCCAGGGAUGGAGAAGCCCGAGUCCUCCGCGGAGGGUGAGAGCGCCGGUGAGCUCGAGGAUCGGGAUCCCAAUAGCCUGAAUCAGCAUCUUCAGGUGAUGUGGGAUGACGUGAUCGGCGAGCCGGAAGGCAUCCGCAGUCCCGAAUGCGCCUGGCGGCUCAGCGGCCACUGCUUUCGGCUCUCCCGUGGAUGCUGCUACAUCCUUCUCUCGGUUCUCGUAGCGCCGCUGCUCGCCCUUUGUUUGGGCUUCACGUUCGCCUGUCUCGCGUUUCAGCAUAUAUGGUGCGUCGCGCCAUGUCUGCGCGUAUGGAAGAUUACGUGCGCGGCGACGCGAAAUUUCUUGGCGGCGUUGACGCAGGCGGUCAUCCGGCCGAUCAUGGAGGCGAUGAGCUACCUUUGCCACAAUAUCCGCGUAUUCAAUCAAAAGCUGCCAGAAGGUCCUUACCAGAAAGACGACCUACUGGUUGUGUAGUCUGCGAGUCUCGCGGCAGAUCGAAUCCAAUUCGCGUACACAAUCGAUCGAUAGCGCGACUCUUUCCUACGUUCGCUAUUGAAGUUUCUAAACACGAAUGCAUCGCGACACGUGCAAUAUUAGUAGUAUUAUAGUCAUCUAGGUGGAUAGAAUUAUAGCUGCGAGAAGAGAUAUCUAAUUAUAGAGAGUGAUACUUGCGAGGCUAUUUAUAUAUAGAAUUUUAAUAUAAAUAUUUGAAGCAAAUUAUUAUAUAUACGAUAUAUUACAUGAUUUUAUAUAUAUAUAAAAUAUAAUAAAAAAUUUUACAUGAUUUUAUAUAUAUAUAAAAUAUUACAUGCGAUUAAUGGCCUAGAUAUACAAAGAAGAUGAUCCUAGAUAUAAUUGCACACAAUCAGGGAGGUAUAUUUUUGUAACUUAAGUGAACUCGUGCGACAAUAGCGUCAAGGAAUUCCGUUGAACCAUCCGCAAUAUUGUACACAACGAGCUGCUUAAGUAUAGUAGUAAGUGUAAAGGUCUUUCUCGCGCGCUGGCCUUGCAGGAGUAUAAUAAUUUUAACUCUUGCGCAUGUCUCCGUGUAGUUGCAGAUCGAGAGUUAAGAAACUCGUGAAGCAUGCAAGUGUUGGGGCAUGUCAAUAUUUACGCCACUCGACUCUUUUGUUGUGGUUUAUAAAGCCGGAAGUAUAAGAUCGAUAAUAAUCCAGGCAGUAAUUACUAAAACGAGCGGUUACAAAAUCCAUCUGAAAAAAUUAAUUAAAAAUUCUGAUUUAAUUAAUAAUAUAAAUGUUAGCAAUAAUAAUAAUUAUUAACAUUAACAAACAUAUUUAUAUAUGAAUAUAAAAAUUUAUAUUUAUUAUCAUAUCAUUGGAAAACUUUAGACUGAAAUAAGAAUCCGUCCACUUAACUGCUGCAUAAUUGUAUAAUUAAUAUUAAUUAAAAUAUUAAUCUAUCUCGAAGCGAUAAAACACAGGGCUGUCGUAUUUUCAAUAUUCUAUAUUUAUAAUAAAAAAUUCAUUAUUAUUACAUUCUAACACCAUUCUUCAUGCAUUGUAUAAUCGCGAUCUUCGUAAGUAGCGAUUUAUGGAAAGUUUCCGCAAUAUCGAAUUGUACAUACAAAUGUCCUGCAAGUGAACUUUCGCAAAUAAAACGUAGAAUUUUCACGAAAAUA